AGGUCUCUUCUCCUUCUCCCACACACUUGCCAUGUCCUCCAUUCCCCCUACCACUACCUCUAAUGCAGUUCCCAAACAGCUCGUUCAUAAACUCAGUUUAGGAGGUUUAAAGUCUAGCAGCAUAUGGAAGAAAGGGUCUAAACCGAAUAUUGCACUGUGGCUCACGAAAGACCAUCAAAUCUACCAAGAGGAGAUUCCAUAUCCAGAGUGUGAGCCUGAUGAUUGUAUCGUUCAUGUACGGGCGACAGGUAUAUGUGGUUCCGAGAUACAUUUCUGGAAGUCGGGAAGAAUUGGUGAUUGCAUGGUCGAUCAUGAUUUGAUCCUCGGACACGAAUCAGCAGGAGAAAUUCUCGACGUCGGGUCAAACGUGAAAAACUUCACGAAAGGUGAUCGUGUAUCAAUCGAACCAGGCGUCUCCUGUUGGGAAUGCAAACAGUGCAUCUCAGGCCGCUACAACCUUUGUCCCUCCGUGAAAUUCAGUGGUACCCCACCCUCUCACGGAACCAUGGCCCGCUAUAUCUCACACCCAGCUCGAUUCCUGCACAAGAUACCCACGACAAUGAGCUACGCUCAAGGAGCUCUCAUCGAACCUCUCUCAGUAGGGGCAGGAGCCGUUUCUCGCGCCAACCUCUCCCUCGGUCAGCCUGUUCUCGUCUGCGGCGCAGGUCCGAUAGGGCUUGCUGCAGCUAUAUGUGCCCGUGCAUCCGGAGCACACCCGAUUGUUAUCACGGACUUGGAGGAAUCCCGACUUCAGCAAGCCAAAGAUAUUGGGUUUGAUCGGACUUUGAAGGUCGAGAUGGAUUGGGACAAGAACGAAACGGCGAAACGAAUCAGGGACCUCUUCAAGAGCGGGGAUGAGGUUAUACUGGUGCCAGAGGUAGCAUUCGAGUGUACUGGAGCUCAGUCAAGUAUUGUUUCUGCUAGCUACGCCAUCGAAGCCGGUGGAACUUUACUCCAAAUUGGAUGCGGUAAGCCAGAUGUCGAAAUCCCGUUGAUGGCAAUGAAUUUCCGCGAGGUGAACAUCAUCACCUCCUUCCGCUACAAACAAACGUGGCCAACCGUUAUCCGCCUCAUGCACGAUGGCAUAUUCCAUGGGGCGGAUAAACUGAUAACACAUUCAUUUCCUCUCGAAAAGACACUCGAAGCAUUUCAGACUUGCAUUACAAGGGAAAGUAGGAGCGUCAAGGUCCAGAUUCUGGAUUGAAUCAAAGUGAGCCAAUUCCUUGCAGUUUCAAGUAUACCUUCCCUCCUUUUCGCGUCCUCGGCCUUUUGAGAACUUCUACGUAUCGAGUGACACAGGUUGUUGAAGUUUUAUUCAAUGCCAACA